CCAAGUACUACAUACAAGGGGGGCAUUAAUCAGUUACCCUGGGUAUAGACUUGCCCCUCCCUACCCUGGGGGCUGAGGUGUGGCUCUAUACAUUCCAGGUAUUGAUUGGAAGCCACUGCCCCACCCCGGGGCAUAUACCCAGGUGCCAGCCCCGGAGCCAUCAUGCCCAAACGGCAAGGCAAGAACCCUGCGCCGCCACAGCCGGACCUGACGCCUUCCUCCCUGCAACUCCUAAAGCGGGCUCAGCUCCAGCAGCACUGCAAGCGGCUCGGACUGCGGGGGACAGGCAAGAAUGCAGAGCUGGUGCAAAGGCUCCUGGAGUACUUCCAGCAGGCAGCUGCCAAUCAGGAGGAUCCCCAGACUCCCAGCCCAGAGAAGGAUGAGAGUGUCUCAGGGGAACUGACAGGAGGCCGAGGCUGGUGUGUGGUACAUGGGCAGGAGCUGACUGUGAGUCGCUGGAAGCCGCUGUUUCUCCGCUGCGGCCGCGUCUGUAUGACGUUCGAGGGAUCAUGCAUCCCCUUACACCUGACUCCUUCCUCCACUCCAACUCCCUGCGGCCUACAGGACAACCUCAUCUGUGAGGAGUGCUUUGAGAGGAAUCAGGAGAGGGAAUGCCGUUUGCAGCAAAGGUCGGCCUUCCAAGAUAAAAACUACCCCCCUUCGGGGCAAAUGAGAAAAUCUACCAUAAGCGCGUCUCGCUCACGGAAAAAGUCCGGCCGGUUCCAGCCUCAAGAAGACCCUGAAUAUGCCCGUAGGGUGGAUGAGUUGCUCGGCCAAUUGGCUACAGGGCAAGUUGACUCCCAGAAAGUGCUGAAGCCGAGCCGCCCCGCCGUUAUGCAUUCGCCCCUCGCAAAGCCAGAAAGCAGCCCCAUUGCAAUCGAUCAGUAAGCGCAGCUUUCCCAGCUCUUUGUGGAUUUUAAAGUUGUAUUUUACACACAGAGGUGAAUAAAAUGUGUGUUUUUAUGGGUUUUCCCAGUGCCGGGAGGUCCUGCCCUCCCCAUGGAUCAGUGGGAAUUAUAACACAAGGGGGACCCUUUGCACACCGAGCAUUUUGGAACAUGAACUGUGAACUUUUGUGCGGACAAAAUGCAUUGUGUGUUGGGAUAUUGACAAAAUGCAUUGUGUGUUGGGUGAUGUCCCAUAGGGAGCCCCCCAGCCCCCCCCUUGUAUCGAUAACAGGAGCCUUUAUUUUACAAAUCUCGCUCUUUAUUGCCUGAAAAUAAAGCCAGUUUGAGAAGCGUAA